AUGAACCAAGGCUCAUUAAGGGUCGAUGGUCAGAUGAUUUACGAUACGGGAAAGAUGUUCGCUCUCCUCGCCAUGACCAUGCUCGAUGACGUCAACACCAUCAACACCUGGGCUGAGCCUCACAACGCCAACGGCAUCACCCCCAACACCAUCAUCGACUCCAACGAUGAGCCCCCCUGCAACAACCAGCAGCGCAUGGCUGCCCGUGGCUACUAA